CUUAAGGAACGAUGCCAUCUCAUUGAUCACAAUUGUGAUAUACUCAUUUCACAGUUUGAUGUACACUGUGUCACCUUGUUGUCAUUCAAAUUUUUAUAUGUUAGAAACUGGCAGCCCAGUAUGUUAUUGUCAAAAAUAUUUUUGUUUCGAUUCGUCACACAUAACGGCUCAAAUUAAACUUUUUACGGUUUUAAUAAGUAAAUAUUAAGUGAAUAAUAAUGGAUGAGGUAAAUAAUAAAUUUAUAAAACCAGAGCGGAAUAAAACAGUUCUUUUUAAAUUAAAGGUUUACUUUUGGAACAAACUGGAGGCGGAGUAUGGAACCAUAAACAUCAACAUUCGAAAUGUACUUAAAAAGCAAAACCUAUGCAGCCAGUCACUAUCUCAUUUAACCAUCGAGGGAAUUCAAAUCAUAGAGAAAGACAUGCGGAUCAUGGCGGAGAGCUUGCGUAGUGCUGCUGCAGCUGGCGGAACUCCCCUACAUGAAAUUUAUGGGCAGACUUAUGCUGAAAAUCCAGAAAAUUUCCGUUUCCUUAGAGGAGAGGUAAUGUGUCUCCUCGACUUAGCCGAGGUGAUGAAGAGAAAAGGCAUCAAGUACUUCCUCAACAACAAGCUGAAACAAAAAUCUAUGAGUAUCGAGAUCUACGACGAAGAUGCUGAAGAGCACUCCCGCGCACUGUAUGAAAAAAUAAUGCUACACUUCUCUUCUCAGGGUAUAACGGAUACAAGCUACGAUGAAUUGCUGGAGCAGUUCAAAACUAUUGAAAUCAAAGUAUUUACUAAUGACAGUGGAAAAGUUCGAGCAGAGGCUCUGUGUCCUAUUUGUCAAAAGACAGGAAAAAGAUCGAAGCUGUCAUUUUCCAUGGACGAAAGAAACAACUGGCACAUCUACAGCUUAACCAGGCACAGCAACACAAUGCAUUUUCAAAUGCCAACAUGUUCAUCGCAUAAACGACGUCGAACAAAUGUUCCAACAGUGACAUCAGGUGUUCAGAUCAGAAAUCAGAUUCCUGAUGCAGCACGCUUCAGAGAUCUCAACGUUACAUUAACAACAGAAAACGAUUUUACUAAUACUGCCUCAUUUAACGAUUUACUUUCCACCCCUUGGGAUCCAUUGAGCUCGAGUUUGGCUGAGAAUGAGAUGUCGAAUAUUUCCAGCGAUGUCAGAGAAGAACAAUCAGACCAAGAAGUGGAAUCGAUGGAAGAAGAAAGAAUUGAAGAGGAACUUGAUGUUGAAUCGGAUGCAGCAGUGAAUGAUACCGUACACGCCGAUAUACCUUCUGGAAUUGCGAAUGUGUCAGACUUGGAAAAUUCUUCCGAGGGCGUCACCAAGGAAUCCAUUAAAAAUUCAGCUUUGCUUAAUGUUCAAAUAAAUAUAGACAAACGAAUUCAGCUUCAAAGAACUUAUGGGGUACGCUAUUCGGAAUAUGAGCUCGAUGUUGCAGCUUAUAUAUUGUUAACGUCGGGAAUAAGCGCUUACAAGUUCAAAAGGGCCAAUAUGCAUCUUCCCAGCCUCACAAGCAUCCAACGUCAUAUAUCCCGACAUACUUAUAAUACGAGAGAAGGCAUUCUAAUGGUUGAUUCAUUAGUUAAAUAUUUGACUGCUAACAAUUUCCCAAAAGUGGUUGCAUUAAGCGAGGACGGCACUUCCCUUUCUCCCAAUCCAGAGUAUUCCCCUCGAACUGAUUCUAUUCGAGGCCUUGUUGCACCUUUCGACAGUAAAGGGAUGCCACUGCUUGACAUUUUCAAAGCUUCUUCAGCGGAAAAAAUGAUCAAUGAUCUGAAAAAGUAUACGGUUGGCGAAUAUUUAUAUGUUGUUAUGGCCACCCCGAUGAUCGUUGGCGCAUCUCCUUUCUGUUUGUUAUACAUGUGCAGUAACAACAAAUUUACACAUCUUCAAGUUAAACAGCGGUGGGAACAUGUAGAAGCUGAACUGGAAACAGCUGGAGUAAGAGUUGUAUGUCAUGCAUCCGAUGGAGAUCCGCGUCUUUUGCGUGCCAUGAAAGAACGAACACAUCUUCCUCACCCGGCUGCAAGCAUGCUAUAUGGAUGUCACUUUAUAGCGAAUAUAAAUGAUGACGUUGUUUGCAUUCAAGAUACGAUACAUCUCGUGAACAAGUUUCGGCAUGCUUUGCUAAAUCCUAAAAAGCACAUGGCUAUAGGGAAAUGCGAUGUAUCAGUUGAAUGUAUAAAGCAGAUGAUUGAGCAUGGAGAUAAAGCUAUACACAAAAUGAAUCCGUCAGACUUGAACCCGGCUGACAAAAUGAAAUUCGACCCAACGUUAAAAAUGAUAGCACUAGAUUUGAUCGAACACUUGGUUGAAGUAGUUCCAGAUUGUAUUGGUACUGUUGUGUAUUUAAAAGUAAUGCGAUUGAUAUACAUUUCGUUUGUCGAGGAGAAAAUUUCACCAGCAGAACGAAUUUUUGCAAUAUGGACUGCUUUGUUCGUUGUUCGAGCAUGGCGUUGGCAAUGUCUUGACUCAGAUAACAGCAUUCAACAGUGUACAACUUCAAAUGUAUACGGAUGUUUAGAAUUAAACGCACAUGAGUUGGUUCACUAUAUAGUAAACUGCCGAGAAGCUCAUGACCAGUUUUUGAUUGAAAAUUUAAGCAGUCAACCCUGCGAGAAGACCUUCCGUACAUUACGAUCUAUGACAACAUUAAACCAUACUGCCGUUAACUUCACCAUGAAGGAUGUUGAGCAAAGAAUGCAACGCGUGCAAAUGAGGCUACUGAUAGCUCAUCGUAGGAAAAAUGUGCUCUCCUUCCCCAGUCUGGCAGCUACAUCACUGGAAGCAUCAUCGCACAACCUCCCAAAUGAUGAGCAGAUUGCUCAAUUGAUCAAAGCAGCCGAGCAAAAAGCGACUGAACUGCUUACGUUGGUUGGAUUUGAUGAGAAUGAGAUUAACUUCACGAACAGCUUGAUCACGCGAAACACUGAUACCGCACCUGUGUUCGAAUCGCAACUUCUAAGUACCAAUUGUCAACAACAUGUUCUACACGAUCCAAGUGAAGAAGUUAUCGAGUAUGCAAUGAAUCUUUUUCCAAAAACUGGUGGAGAACCUUUUCUCAAGCGUUACAAAACUAAAAGAAACAAAAACAUUUUUAAAAUUAGACGGAUCACAGGAAAAGUAGUUAACGUCACAAAAUCAAAAAUGCUGUGGAUUUUCUCUUCUGGACGCUUCAGAAGGACAAACGAUCGCUUGAAACGCUUCCAUCGCAUUAGGACAGCUUCCAAAAUAUGCAAGACUUAAAAAGGGAACGAUAAUCAGACCAAAAAUAAAAAUACCGUUAGCUGCUUAUACUAUUUAAUUAAAAGUUUAUACUAA